AUGCCACCCGAGUUUAUACGAAAGGUUGUCAAGGAUAACGGUGAUUUGGGAGGAAAACGCUUCAAGUCCGAACGAAAGCUGUGUGUGGCAAUGCUACAGUACGUCCCCUUGGCGCUGUAUAAGCUGAUGGAGAACAUGCCGAUGCCAUGGGAGGAGGCGCGGUACGUCAACACCGUUUACCACGUGGGAGGGGUUCUGACGAUCGUGGAGGACACCCCCGUCGUGGCAGAACCCGUGUACCUUUCCCAGUGGGGCUCGGUGUGGACGAAGAUGCGGGUUCAUAAGGUGGAGCUAGGCAUGGAGGGCGGCGCCUUCCGUCGUGCCGUCCACAAGGGUGACGACAAUGAGCCGCCUUUGGAUUUCGCCGAUUAUCUCAUGGAUCGGGAUCCACCACCACCCUUGAGGGAUGAGCUGGAAGGUGAGGACAAUAGUGCGGUUUCGAAUUGGUUGUAUGAACCGUUUCCACGUCUUGUGUCGUCGAACCAAAUUAACGGUCCACGUCGUCCGAGGGGGUACUAUUUUACCUUAGAUGUUGUAGAGAAUCUGCUUCGGUUGGCAUUUCCUAUUUUACCUGUUCUAGAUGACCGUAACUAUUACUACCUGUGGAAUCUUAAAUCUUUCUAUACCGCAAAGGCUAUGCAUCUAGCCAUUCCUCGUGGACCUAAAUUUGAACCGCCUCCCUUAAUCCAGCAGAAAGACGAGGAAGACGAUUGGACUGAGUUUAAUGAUCUACGACGUGUCAUUCACCGUGAUAACCCACGCAAUCCACGCUUCACCAUGCUCACAGAGCGACAGAUUGCCUUUCCUUUUUUGUACGGAAGUGAGGUAAGUGAGGUCGAGGUGGCACCUUACCGCUAUGCAACGUUAGUUCGAGUGGAGAAUGACGAUCCAGAGUUGCCAUGUUUUUCAUUCCAUCCGUCGUUGAAUCCUAUUAAAUCCUUAGAGAAAAAGUACACAGAAAGGGAUUGUAUUAACGGUGCUCUGUGUUCUUCUAUUGUCACAUUAGUGCGCGCACAACAACAAAUGACGAAUGUUGACAGAUCUGGUAAAAUAGAUGAAAGAAAAGGGAACGAAGAGUUUCUAUCGUCCGUGAGUUUACCCAGCAACUUCGAGCCCUUUUUAAGCGAACUUCCCUCAGAAACGUUGCAAACCAAAGCUGCAAUGACUCUUGUCUUUGCACCGAAGCCUUUCAACGCGUUUGAGGGGGGUUCGAAGCGUCGAGUGGAUAUUCCUCUAUGUGAUAGUUUUUAUCAGGAUCCACCAGAUUUUCUUACCACAGACACACGCGAGAAGACGCUCCGGAGCUAUACUCAGUUGCUCAAACACCAUGUUAAGCGCCAUUUGCAUAGAAAUCGUGACCACAGGCAUCCCCCUGUAGACGAUGACGAUGCCAGGGCGUCUGAAAAGACUCGACUAGAACGACUUGCGGAGAUCAAGUACUUUGCUCGCACUAAGAUGGACUGGCUGGAGGCAGGACUGCAGCUUAUGCGCCAGGGUCACAACAUGCUCGUCCAGUUCAUCAACAUAAAGUGCUUGCCUUACGUGCACAUAGACUACAACUUUGAGGCGAAGCCAACUCGCACAUUGACCACUAAGGAGAUCAAAAAGAGUCGUUUAGGCGCGUCCUUUCAUCUCGUACGAGAGAUGCUAGGAUUUAUGAAACAAAUCAUCGAUUUACAUGUGAUGUACCGGCUUGGACGUAGUGAUGCUUUCCAGCUGGCCGACGCCCUGCACUACUUGUUUAAUCACGUCGGAGUUCAAACAGGUAUCUAUCGUUAUAAACUGCGUACCAUGCGGCAAAUCAAGCGAACCCGCGAUUUAAAGCAUGUGCUGCACAGCAAGUUCAACGUUGGUGGGGUGCCUAGUGGACCGGGGUGCGGGUUCUGGGGGCCUUCAUGGAGGGUGUGGGUUUUCUUUUUUCGCGGGAUGACUCCUCUUUUACAGCGCUACUUAGGGAAUUUGACUGAGCGCGUUCUCCAUGGGAGAGUUCAAAAAGACAAGUACACUGGAAAGCGUGUCACUCGUCAGCGCGUGGAAACAUACAAAGAUGUCAACAUCAAAGAGGCGUUUAGGCGAGAGUUACGCGAGAUGCUGCCUGAAAAUGUCAAGGGCUCUGUUAUUGUGACUAUGGAUCAACACAUGAACGAGGCGUUUCGCCACUGGCGUGCGGGAGUGCCGUGGUCUAUUCCUGGUUUAGCAAAGCCUCUAGAAGAUUUAGUAAAGAAGUACGUCAAACUGCGUUCUGAGGAGUAUAUUCGCAUUGCACAAUUACAGAGGCAGCGCAUUGCGGAUAGCGACAUGGUCGACAAGCGGGCUUUCAUGAAAAAUCUAGGUCGCCUUACGCGCUUGAAGAUCAUGGAGGAGCAGGAGCGACAGCGGCGGUACAUCCGUGGUGAGGACACGGCAACUUUGACGCCAGAAGUGGCAACCGAGAUUUACCGCAUGAUGGCCAAUUGGCUCGAUGAUCGUGGAUUUAAAAAAAUAUCCUUCCCAGAUCCGUCAAAAACGGCUGAACUCUCACUGCUCAAGCUAUCUCUCAAUCGCCUCCGGGAUCAGCAUAACAUUGCGAAUCGCUUGACAGCUAGCCAACGGGAAGAGCAGGCGCGAAUUGAGCAGGCAUUCAAUGCACCACAUGAGAUGUUGUCACGCAUCGUUGACGCCUUAGCUCAUCAGCGCCGGUUCAAAAAUUUAGAGGUCGAGUACAUCGACAAUUUUUCCCAUCUUUAUCCCAUUUAUAACGUCGUACCGACCGAAAAGAUGACCGAUGCAUUCCUUGACCAGUACCUAUGGUACAAGGCGAUGGGGGUACAGCGAAUGUUCCCCAACUGGGUAAAACCAUCUGAUAUGGAGCCGGCACCGCAGCUUGUGUACCGUUGGUGUGAAGGCAUUAACAAUAGCCCUGAAAUAUGGGAUGUCAGCCAUGAAGAAUCCGUAGUGCUUCUGCAUGCUGACUUACAGCAGGCGUUCUAUGACCAAGUGGAUUGGAUUUUUUUCCGUCCACUUCUGGAGUUGAUUAUGGAUAAGUCUCUUGUUGAUUACAUUGUCAGCCGUCACGACGUGGUGGUGGAGUUCAAGGACAUGAGCUACCAUCACCAUAAGGGUCUCAUUCGAGGGUUCAUGUUUUCCUCAUUCCUUGCUCAGUACUGGGGCCUGAUGAUGGACAUACUUCUGAUAGGAGCUAGACGAAGCCAAGAAAUUGCAGGGACGGCGCUGAAGCCAAACCCCUUUAUGAGUUUUUUCCGAGACCCUUUCCUGGCGGUGUCACACCCGAUUCGUGGUUAUUGUCGUUAUCAUAAUGAGGUUUACAUUUUAUUGCGCUACACCAAGGCCGAGGCUGAUGAUGUUAGACAGCGUUACCUGAGAGAGACAAACUCAGAUCCAGCAAUGCGUUCUAAGAAUGCAUCCGUAUACGGGUUUAAGAACGCCAAGCAAUGGGCUCGCGACGCACGCAUGCGGUUAUUCCUAAAUGAUGUCAAUCUUGCUCGUGCAGUGCUAUGGGAGUUUAGUGGUCGCCUACCGCAAGCUUUGGCUGAAAUCACCGAAGAAACAAGCUUUUUAAGUGUCUAUUCCAAAGAUAACCCCAAUCUUCUAUGUGAUAUCGCUGGCUUUUCAAUCCGCUUGCUUCCCGUGGCGCGCACGGAAACGGAGGUUCUUGAGAAUGAGUCCAUGUGGAGCCUGCGCAACCACACCACUAAGGAUAUUACCUGCCGUGCGUUUCUCCAGGUGACUAAGGAGCACAUCAAUAUGAUGCGCAACAAGGCCCGCCGCACUGUUAUGAUGGUGGGCAGCUCGACUUUCCACAGCAUCUCGGCUAAAUGGAAUGCAUUCGUAACUGAAGUUGUGCCUUACUACCGUGAGGCGAUCCUCGGCUCUGAAGAGUUGCAGAUGGUUCUGGCCAUGGCGGAGCAUCGUAUGCAGGCCCGCGUCAUGAUGAACCUAAACUCACGCGCCAAAUCACGUUUCCCCGCGGCAAUGUUUUACGCACCAUCUGAUCUAGGAGGCUUGGGUAUGCUGUCUGUGGGUCAUUCAUUUAUUCCAGCAAAAGACACUGUGUAUUCGAAAACAACUAGCACAGGCAUACAAUUUUUCUACUCGGGGCUUACUAACGAUGAGAACAUUCCCAUUCCUAAUAUACUGCAGUACUACACUCCGUGGGAAACUGAGUUCCGGGAAAGCGAACGGGCUUGGCUAGAGUUUCGCUCACGUGAGCGUGAGGCAAAAGCUGCCGGCGGACGGGUCUCACUGGAUGAUAUCGAGGAUAUCAUUGACAAAGGUGUUCCCCGAAUCCGUGUCCGCUUCUCACGUAAUGCGCCUCUCUUCCACUUUGACGUUGGGUUUCGGCCUCGUAUGGAGUUCCAGCGCUACCAAGCUGGAAAGUAUCUCAAAAAUUGGUGGUUCCACCAUGAGCAUGACGGAAACGUUUGUGGUGGCGUUUUGGAGAAGUACCGAGCAGAUAUGAACAUCGCUCUCGGUGGUGUUGAGGCAAUUUUGGAGCAUAGUCUCUUUAAGGGCACUGGAUUCCCAUCAUGGGAAGGUAUUGAAUUCAACCGAGAAGGUGGGUUUGAAAAUACGAAGAAGGAUUCUAAACUUGCCAAGCAGCAGCGUGCGGGCCUUUCCAAGGUUCCGAAUCAACGGUUUGCAUUGUGGUGGAGUCCUACUAUCAACCGCUCCGACGUUCAGGCUGGCUUUGAGUCGAAGAUCGAAACCACUGGAGUGUUUAUGCAUGGUAAGCUUGAGACUAUUAAGAAGUCAUUAAUCAAGAUUUUUAGUCAAUCGUUGUGGGAAAAGAUUCACGCUUCCGUCGUAAAUGCCAUCGCCAGCAAAAUGAAGGACUCUAUGAUGGAUCUGUCCGCAGCAUCUGUGACUCUUCAGCAACAGCACCCACAGAAGUCGUAUACCUUUACUAGUUCUGCUGCGGAUAUCAUCAUGGUGAGUGCGGCUCGCUGGCCUGUAACCAGCAAACCAACCUCUCUCGCAGAUGAAGUGGGCGAUGAGUACAAGGGCUCCACGACGGGUAAGUUUUGGAUUGAUGUGCAGCUUCGCUGGGGCAACUACGACAGCCACAACAUUGCUGAAUACGCCCGUAAGAAGUUUUAUGAAUAUAGUACCGCAAAAAUGUACCCGUUUCCAUCUGGUGCUAUCAUCGCUAUCGAUAUUGCUUACAAUUGCCACAGCGCCUUUGGCUAUUGGAUACCAGUAAUGAAGCCACUGAUGGUAAAACUUAUGCAGGCCAUCAUGAGGAGUAGCCCGGCGCUCAACACACUACGGGAUCGCAUGAAACGUGAUCUCGGCCUUUUUAGUUCGAACCCGACCGAGUCUAGCCUGUCGGAUACGAACAUUGCCGAACUCUUCUCCGGUGGUAUGCGGACGUGGAUUGUCGACGAUAGCGCAACCUACGUGACGAGCGAGCAACCCACACCGGACGGCGGGCGAAAGUUCAAGUCAGAAAAUGGUGCCGUCUUAAUCUUCGAACCGGUGACUGGGCAACUCAGGAUGAGUGUGGUACAUAAGAGCGUCUUUGCCGGGAUGAAGCGUCGUUCCAAGCUGGCUCGAGAAAAGGCCGCCGAGGAGAUCGCGUCGUGGCUGCGUAGCACCCCUCCCAACGAGCGCCCUGAAAAAAUCAUCGUAACACGUUCUCGGUUUCGUCAAACCUUGCAUAACAUGCUGAUUCUGGACCAUCCCAACCUAAUCAUUGGUCAGAGCGAACUCAACUUGCCUUUGCCCAUGAUCCUGCGUCAUACUCGCCUAGUUGACCUGCGCAUCACGGCAACCGAGAGUAAGGGCUGGGAGUUCUGCCUGUAUGACGAUUGGCAAAUCGCUUUGCAAUUUCAACCCAUCACUUGCUUCAAUUUACUCAAUCUUAUAUUGCGUGGCUAUCAUGUGAACUUGACGCGGACGCGACAGAUAAUCGUCCCUGACCUGCAUGUUGAGGUGUCUGCAUCAAACUUUUGGCCAACAUUUGGGUCGCGCCAGGAGUGGGAGAUAGUUUCGACUCGGUUAGAAGAGAUGAUCAUCGCGGAUGCCGCACGUCGAAUGAAUGCGAGCCCCAACGAUUUCACCGAGAAGGAAAAGGAGGGAAUUUUGCUCGGGAAACGGAUGACAAAUGUCGAAAUACAGGAGGCAGAAAUAAAGGAGAUUGAAUCGAUGCGGCGCACCAAGGUGGCCGAAAAAACGGUCGAAUUAACCACCGAGACGGGUGAGGUCGUAACACGCAAAAUUAAGAGCGCCUUCGACUUUGGGGGUGUGGCGCUGGACAGCAACUGGCGGCCAAGGUCCUUGGUGAACGCCGCGUUUCUGGACGAAAGCACUCCGUUGAGGCUCGACGUCGCGGGGGCCACCGCUGGGAGCGACCAACUUAUCUUCCCAGAAGACCUCAUUCAAAAGCUUCUGGCAGCAUGUGACGUAAGGGUACAAUGCUAUGCCUACUUGUUUGGUCAUGCGCUACCGGGCUCUCCAAACAUUAAAGAGGUGCUUUGUGCCAUGAUACCGCCACAGGCGGGGAAUCCACAGGGAAUUCGUACACCAGCGCGAAUUCCAUUUCGAGCGCCCGAAUUGCAGGACUGCAACUUGGCCUUCUUAGGUGUAGUGCGUGCAGGGGAUUGUGCGUUACAGAUCGACUCUUAUGAUUUGGCAAUGCAGGGACGUCUUGUGAGUGCGAACGAGGGUAUUCAAAUAGAGGGCCUCCUUACUGUUAUCCUCGGGAUGUCAGAUGACGGGGUGAAUAUGCGCUGUUUCUCCAUCACGCCUGAGGGCAUCGCCUGGGCCCAAAUAGAGCACGAAAAUAUCUUGAAACGUAGUCCAACAGAGGUUCCGGUAGAAUACUAUAGUCCUGGUCGAGGGACACUUUCCACAGAAUUAACGGGGUUUUUCCUAGUUCCCACGGAGCGGGCGUGGAACUACUACUUUAGAGGUGCACUAUGGAAGGACGCAAACGAGUUCGACGUAACCGUGGAUAUCCCGCAGGCAUUCUUUGCGGGAAUGCAUCGAACGGAACAUUUUUUGAGCUUUCUUCGCUUGAGAGAAAAAGAAGAUAUGGUUGAUAUUAUGGAUGAAAAUGACGUCUUCGAGAAUGAGUCAGGUUUUGUCUAG